CCAGCACUUGGGGCAAACAGGACCGGAGUUAUCAAUGUGACUCUCUAACCUUGCAACUGCAUUUUGACAGUUCCUUUAAACGUUGUGGCCUUGCACUCUGCCAUCGGACUUCUAACUGAAAGAAGAAUAUGUCUUUUCCUGCUUCUGGUGGCUGAUAAUAAUAAACAGAGGUCACAGACAGUCCUGCUGCUGGCUUUCCUGGCACAGCACAAGUCAGCCGGUCAUCUAAGUAAACUAUUUGAGAGGUAGCUUACAAAUGAUUUGAAGUGUUGAUUCUUUCUGAGUCUCACCAAAUUUCUCAUUAAAUUCAUAUAUUGCUGUUUGUCCCCGAACAAGUGUAACAAGGCCACGGAGAGAACACUGUAAUCAGACCUGGGAGUUGGUGAGAAACAGGUGCUACGCUUCAGUUCUCCUGCAGGAGGAAAAUGGGCUGUGACCGCAACUGUGGACUCAUUGCUGGUGCUGUCAUUGGAGCAGUGCUGGCUGUGUUUGGAGGUAUCCUCAUGCCUGUCGGAGACAUGCUUGUUGAGAAGACAAUCAAAAAGCAAGUCGUCCUUGAAGAAGGAACAAUCGCUUUCAAAAACUGGGUUAAAACAGGCACCAAUGUAUACAGACAGUUUUGGAUCUUUGAUGUGCAAAACCCAGAUGAAGUGGCGAAGAACAGUAGUAAAAUCAAGGUUAUACAGAGAGGCCCUUACACAUAUAGAGUUCGUUACCUAGCCAAGGAGAAUGUUACCCAGGACCCCGAGGACAACACCGUCUCUUUUGUACAGCCCAAUGGAGCAAUCUUUGAGCCUUCACUGUCUGUUGGAACAGAGAAUGACACCUUCACAGUUCUCAACUUGGCUGUGGCAGCUGCACCUCAUAUCUACCAAAACUCAUUUGUUCAAGUUGUGCUCAAUUCCCUUAUCAAAAAGUCCAAGUCUUCUAUGUUUCAAAGAAGAACUUUGAAAGAACUGUUGUGGGGUUACACGGAUCCAUUCUUGAGUUUGGUACCAUAUCCUAUUUCUACCACCGUCGGUGUGUUUUAUCCUUACAAUAAUACUGUAGAUGGAGUUUAUAAAGUUUUCAAUGGAAAGGAUAACAUAAGCAAAGUUGCCAUAAUUGAUUCCUAUAAAGGGAAAAAGAAUUUGUCCUAUUGGCCAAGUUAUUGUGACAUGAUUAAUGGCACAGAUGCAGCUUCCUUUCCACCUUUUGUUGAGAAGUCUAGGAUAUUGAGAUUCUUUUCCUCUGACAUUUGCAGGUCUAUCUACGCUGUAUUUGGAUCUGAGAUUGACCUUAAAGGAAUCCCCGUGUACAGAUUUGUUCUUCCAGCCAAGGCCUUUGCAUCACCACUAGAGAAUCCAGACAACCACUGUUUCUGCACUGAAAAAGUAAUCUCAAAUAACUGUACAUCGUAUGGUGUGCUAGACAUUGGGAAAUGCAAAGAAGGAAAGCCCGUGUACAUUUCCCUUCCGCAUUUUCUACAUGCCAGUCCUGACGUUUCAGAACCUAUUGAUGGCUUAAAUCCGAAUGAGGAAGAGCAUAAGACAUACUUGGACGUGGAGCCUAUAACUGGAUUCACUCUACAAUUUGCAAAACGACUGCAGGUCAAUAUACUGGUCAAGCCAGCCAGAAAAAUAGAAGCAUUAAAGAGUCUGAAGAGACAUUAUAUUGUACCUAUACUUUGGCUCAAUGAGACUGGAACCAUUGGUGAUGAGAAAGCAGAAAUGUUCAGAAAUCAAGUGACUGGAAAAAUAAAACUUCUUGGACUUGUAGAAAUGGCCUUACUUGGGGUUGGAGUGGUGAUGUUUGUUGCUUUUAUGAUUUCAUACUGUGCGUGCAGAUCCAAGAAUGGAAAAUAAGCGGAAAAUGAGCCUUCAUUUAUGCAAUGGCUACAUCAAGAUCUUUGGUAAAACCAAUCUACAAAAUGGAGACUUAAUAUAUGCUUUGUUUUUACAAAACACACCUAUCUUUAGUUGAAGAAAUGGUGGUGUCUGUGCUCUCUUACUCUCUUUUUCUCUCAUUGCAUACAUAUGCAAUAAGCCACAGCAUAUUUCAAAAAGAUUAAUAUGUCACUAUAGCCUAUAUUUUUUAAUAAAAUACAGCACUUUGUAAAAGUCCUGCAUUUGUAACUCUGAGUGGACUAUAUUUUCUAUAGAACCAAUGAUUUUUGUUUGGUUCUGAUUUACUGAUUUAUUUCCUGUUGGCAAAUUUCAAGAUUGUACAUUCUAGGCAAUUUUUCUUUUCCUUAUCAAAGGAAAAACACUAUCUUAUCUGAGGUGCUCCUUUCAUUUAUAGCAAGUGUAUCUUGUGACUGUCAGCACACAGUAUGUCAUAGAAUGAAAUAUUUUGAAAGAUUUAAGCAUGAAUAACUGGCAUAUGAGCCAUUAAUUAUAUAUUGGUUAAGUCUUUUCCUCCGUGGAGUCUGUGAUCUGAUAUCACAGUGAUUUUUUUUUUUUUUUUACUAUCUGACAUUGAGCUUAUAUGUUUUGUCCCUCACUGUGAAAUGGACAUUCUUAGUGCACUUUAGCUCUUCGUAUUUUAAGUAUGUUGUCAUAUCCCGUGCUGCAUAUCUGUUCCAGAAACGGGAUAGGUUUUCCUUUUUCUGCUCAGCUGAAACUAACGCAACCUCAGAGAGCUGUUAUAGUAUUAAGAGUUGUAAAUGAUAAUAAAGGAAUUAUUUUAUGGAAUAUUACAAAAGCUAGAAUGGGCUUUAAUAUGUAUUUUAAUAUGUCCUGCUUUCAUAGUCACCUAAAAAAGACUGGUUUCUAACAUUAAAAAAAUGUGGUUCUUUAAAUUUAAAAAAAA